UUGCUGCAGCGGUGUCCAAUCCCCGUCUCCUAAAACCCCUCUAAAACCCCGGCGAUGGCGUCCGCCUCCGCUCUACCCAUUGCCCCCCUCUGCCCUCCUCGGCCAGCGCGCUCGUUUAUUUUCUCCCGAGCCCCCCUCCUCACCGUCCGUUCCUCCUUCAAUGCCGUUCCCGCAAGAAAACGCCUCGUUCUCUCGGCCAAAGCCGUCUCUCUCCAUGCCGAGGAGGAGGUCGACGCCGUCAACAUCGCAGACGACGUCACCCAGUUAAUUGGCAAGACGCCUAUGAUAUAUCUCAACAAAGUAGUAGAAGGUUGUGUAGCUAAUAUUGCUGCAAAACUCGAGUCAAUGGAACCUUGUCGGAGUGUUAAAGAUAGGAUUGGAUAUAGCAUGAUAACUGAUGCCGAAGAAAAUGGGGUUAUUUCUCCCAGGAAGAGCACUUUAGUAGAACCAACUAGUGGAAAUACAGGAGUGGGUAUUGCAUUUGUUGCUGCAGCUAGAGGUUACAAGCUUGUUGUAACUAUGCCUGCAUCUAUAAAUUUGGAGAGACGUAUUCUCCUUCGUGCACUCGGAGCAGAAAUUGUUUUAACAGAUCCUGCGAAAGGAAUAAAGGGAGCAGUUGACAAAGCUGAAGAAAUUGUUCGCCGGACACCAAAUGCAUAUAUGUUUCAGCAGUUUGACAAUCCAGCUAAUACAAAGAUCCACUUUGAAACCACAGGCCCAGAAAUAUGGGAGGAUACAAUGGGUAGUGUUGAUAUAUUCGUUUCAAGCAUUGGGACAGGUGGUACUAUCACUGGUGCAGGACGUUAUUUGAAAAUGAUGAAUAAAGACAUUAAGGUAAUUGGAGUUGAACCUGCUGAAACUAGUGUCAUUUCUGGAGAAAACCCAGGUUAUGUGCCAAGCAUUUUGGAUGUAAAAUUGCUUGAUGAGGUCCUAAAGAUUACUACUUCUGAAGCUGUCGAAGUUGCAAGGACUCUAGCAUUAAAGGAAGGCUUGCUGGUUGGUAUAUCUUCAGGAGCAGCUGCAGCUGCUGCCAUCCAUGUGGCAAAAAGGCCUGAAAAUGCUGGAAAGCUGAUUGCAGUCGUUUUCCCGAGCUUUGGUGAAAGAUACAUAUCCACGGUGCUUUUCCACUCUAUACAUGAAGAAGUCCAGAAAAUGAGGAGAUAAUGUUUCUCCAGGAAUGGAAAGGAAGCCACUUCAUCAUGCACUACCGCAUGGGCACUCCAAGAAAUGCAGUCAGAAUGCUCUUAUAAUUUCCUGAAGUCAUUGCCCGCUGUAUGCAUGCAUCUUCAUGCUUUUAAACCCCUGAUUCUGCUGGAGCAAGUCCCCCUGGAGCAUAAGAUCGGAGUCGAGCAAUUUUUGCAUGGAAGCUGGAUUUCCCUUGCAAUGGAGGGUGUAAUUUUUUUCAUGUAUAUGGGCAACAGAUGCGAAGAUGUUCUUGAGCAAAACUUGUGGUAAAAGAAAAUGGUUCAAGUAAGACAUUGAUUUUUUAUUUUUUUUGCACAGCCAUUUUUUGGACUCAUGAGGUUGCAUAUUGCAGUACAAAGGAGUGGAUAUUGUUAUUUUGUCAA